UCCAGCUUGCCCGCAGGGAUUCCCUCACGAGCCAAUCGCUCGUGAGCCACGGGACCGCCAGGAACAAAGAUGGCCGGGGCGGCCUCGGCGAGGGCAGGCUGAUUCGAAAGCCAGGCACCCGGCGGGACAGCCAAGGCAGAGUAGCAGCAGCCGCGCGGUCGGGAGCAUGGAGGAGGGCAGCAGCGGCGGCAGCGGUGGCAGCGACAGCAACCCCGGCGGGAGUGGUGGGGCUCAUCAGAGAGAGCUGGAACGCAUGGCUGAAGUUCUCGUCACCGGGGAGCAGCUCCGGCUGAGGCUCCAUGAAGAAAAGGUUAUCAAGGAUAGGCGGCAUCAUCUCAAGACCUACCCAAACUGCUUUGUCGCGAAAGAACUGAUCGACUGGUUGAUUGAGCACAAGGAGGCCUCUGACCGAGAGACGGCGAUAAAACUCAUGCAGAAAUUAGCUGACCGGGGCAUCAUUCAUCAUGUGUGUGACGAGCACAAGGAAUUCAAGGAUGUAAAGCUCUUCUACCGCUUUAGAAAGGACGACGGAACCUUCCCGCUGGACAACGAAGUGAAGGCCUUCAUGAGAGGACAGAGGCUGUAUGAAAAACUGAUGAGCCCGGAAACUACCCUCCUACAGCCGCGGGAAGAGGAAGGGGUGAAGUAUGAGCGAACCUUCAUGGCCUCUGAAUUCCUGGACUGGUUGGUUCAGGAAGGUGAGGCCACGACAAGGAAAGAGGGGGAGCAGCUUUGCCACCGGCUCAUGGAGCACGGCAUCAUACAACAUGUGUCCAACAAGCACCCAUUUGUGGACAGCAACCUCCUCUACCAGUUCAGAAUGAACUUCCGUCGGAGGCGAAGACUGAUGGAGCUGCUCAAUGAGAAGUCCCCCUCCUCCCAGGAGACGCAUGACAGCCCCUUCUGCCUGAGGAAGCAGAGCCAUGACAGCCGGAAAUCCACCAGCUUUAUGUCAGUCAGCCCCAGCAAGGAGAUCAAGAUCGUGUCCGCCGUGCGGAGGAGCAGCAUGAGCAGCUGUGGCAGCAGUGGCUACUUCAGCAGCAGCCCGACGCUCAGCAGCAGCCCCCCGGUGCUCUGCAACCCCAAGUCUGUGCUGAAGAGACCUGUCACUUCUGAGGAACUCUUGACCCCUGGAGCUCCGUAUGCCAGGAAGACAUUCACGAUUGUUGGUGAUGCAGUUGGCUGGGGCUUUGUGGUGCGAGGAAGCAAGCCAUGCCACAUCCAGGCUGUGGACCCCAGUGGACCUGCAGCCGCCGCAGGGAUGAAGGUCUGCCAGUUCGUUGUCUCCGUCAACGGGCUCAACGUGCUGAACGUAGACUACCGCACCGUGAGCAACCUGAUUCUGACAGGCCCACGGACCAUCGUCAUGGAAGUCAUGGAGGAGUUAGACUGCUGAGCACCGGGACGUCCCCGCUGGUGCCCUGUCCCAGGACCACACAGCAAUGACGUGACAGGACAGCCGGACAAAUGGAUAAUGGGGACGUACAGAUCUUCUCUCUGUCCAUGCACACCUUGAAUUUCAUGCAGUGUUUGAAUAUGGAAGGACUGGGUAACACAUCUUUAAAAAAAAAAAACACACACAGCUGGGGGUG